AUGAAGGUGGCAUCAGUGUUGACAGCGCUCUUCGCACCACUCCUUUACCUGCUCUCCCGGUUUCGUCAAGAUCCCGACUGGUCCUAUCGACAAGCACUGACAAACACGUGGAUGAAAGUCUUUCUCUUCGUUUUCGUGGUUUUCCGCACAAAGCCACCACUCUCCCUCAAGCCAGGUCUAGAUGGAGACCGUUUCGUCGUAAUUGAACCCGCAGCAACAGAGCUCUACACUGGUAUCACAGUCGACGAUGAGAUCCAGCCAGUGGCUGUCGGAGGCACUUGGUUCCCAUCACUCUACCAAUACAACACAACAACUACCCAAGACAAGCAUGUCAUCCUUCACUUUCAUGGUGGCUCCUACAUCCUUGGCGACGGCCGCACAGCAUCUUGCAAAUUCCUCGCCAACCACCUGCUGGAGCAUACAAACUCUAGCCAUGUCUUCAGCCUCCAGUACCGUCUCGCCUGCAACCCCAACGGCCGUUUCCCUGCUCAGCUCCAAGAUGCUAUUUCCGCGUACUCAUACCUAAUCCACACACUUCACAUUCCAGCCUCGCGCAUUGUGCUCAGUGGCGACAGCGCCGGUGCCCAUCUCGCCCUGUCCCUGAUGCGCUACCUUAGUGAAUACGACGACAACAGUACUCUCCCGUCCCCCACAUGCUGCUGGCUCUUUUCACCCUGGUGCGAUAUCCUCAGCUGCCGCGACAAGCACGUCUGGGAUAAUAUCCCCAAUGCAAAGGUAGACUACAUCCCGGCCGUGUUUCCGGCGUGGGGCGCCAAGCAUGUCGUCGGUAAUCUGGAGGUCACUAGCGAUUUCGAGCCCCAUCUCGCGCCGAUCUGGAAGCCCUUUGUCCUUCCAUGUCCCAUUCUGAUUGUUUCUGGUGGUCGCGAGGUGAUGUCUCAGGAACAUGAGCGGCUGGCAAGAAAUUUCGGUAAGAUGCAGCAGAACGAGGGUCGAGUUGAGUAUUUCGUGCAGGAUCGUGUGCCACAUGAUAUCCUUAUGGUUGCAUGGAUCUUGAACUUCCGGAAGGAGGCUGGUCAAUGCGCUGUCAAGGCUGGCAUGUUUUUGAGGAUCCAGGCUCUGUCGGAUGAAAAUGUGAGCGAGGUUCCUAGUGUGGCCUUUGAGCCUCGAUGA